UGUAAAUACCUUCUAUUCUGGAGGGCCGGUUCCUGUUUCUAAAUUCUACCUUCCCUCUCCCGCUCACCAAGUCCUUCCCUUCCACCUUGCUUUCAUUUUUCGCAGCAAAACCCUAAUUUAGCUGAACUCCUAAACACAAUUAUUGCUGCCUUACCAGUGGGGGACCCUGGAAGACUUUUCUCCCUUGUCUUCUUCAGGUUUCCAGAAGCUGUUGACCGUUAAUUUCGCCCGUACUUGUCUUUGCUCUGCUUCAACAGAAGCCGAUUUACUCUGUACCAUAACAGUGAAACGGGAAUUUUGUUUUCCUCGGAAUUUUCAUGCCAUAGAAGAGAUGCCAUUGCAAGUCUGAGAAGAUAUGGAUGCAAAUGCGCCUCUGGAGGAGAACGGUAAGAUGGAGCUUAGUGAUAGUGAUAAACAAGAUGAGGAUUUGGGCGACGACAUUCUCGAGGACUUGGACUCUUAUUUGCAAGACAUCAAUGAUCGGCUGACCAUUUCGAGGAUGGUAAGUGACUCUGUCAUCAAGGGUAUGGUAAAUGCAAUUUCUCAGGAGGCGCAUGAGAAAAUCACUCAGAAAGAACUGGAGGUGUCUGAAUUGAAAGAAAUAGUACACUCUUACCACUUGGGAUCUGAGAAAAAUGAGUUCUUGGUGUCUCCACCGACGUCGUGGAAGCCAAAAAGUACUGAACAUGAUAGAAAUGACAGCAUCUCUGAUGCAUUUUUUGAGCAUGAUGAAAUGAGGGAAUCCAUGUGCAGCCUAAGAAAUUCAACUGAGGAGAACUUCAAGAAACUAAGGAAAGAAAUUGAUAGAAUAAGAGGAGAAAACUCAAUUAGAAAGAUCAAUUCAGGCUCUGAGUUGGUUGGACUUGGAUUGAGUGGUAUACUACAAGAAAAAGCAUCUUCAAGAUGUAUUGAUGUUGAUAAAAUCGUUGAUGAUCUUCAAGAUAAUCUAGACACUUACUAUAAGCAGGUGGAAGACAUAGUUCAAUUGUCCAAAGCAUCUCUUGGUCAGGGGCAAGUUGAGCAGGAGUACCUGGCAGAUAUUGAAGGCAUGGUUAUUAGAAAUUAUAUCUGUUGUGUUCAAGAAGAGUUUGAGGAGAAACUGUGGGACCAAAACGCUAAAAUUUUGAGUAAUGAAAGAAAGAUCUCAGCCGAAAAGAUUAAAGAAAUUUCAUGUUUACGUCAAGAAUUAGAUAUCAUUUUGAAAUCACUAUCUCCUUCAGAAAUUGGACAUUUGAUUUCCUAUAGUUCUAUGGAUUCUGAUCAUUCCCAUCGCAAGUUACAUAUGACUCCAUCGACUUUGCUUUGGGAAGGAAAUGGCAAACAUGAAAUGUCGAAGACAAAUCUUCCGACGAAUGUGGACCCUGCUCGUCUGAAGCAUUUGACUAGAGAUGAAUUAAUUAAUCAUUUCAAUGCUGAGAUGACAAAAAUGAGUAGAAACCACGAGUCCCAAGUACAUCAAAUUACUGAAGAAAAUUUUACCCUCAAGAGAGAACUUUUGAAAGAAAAAGAGAAGUCAUCUUUAUUGAAGAAGGAUAAAGAGUUUGACAUACUAAGGAGAAAAAUCCCUGACAUUAUUCUAAAAUUAGAUGACAUUGUUAUGGAAAAUGAGAAAAUACAGUCAUCUGAUGCUAAUGAUGAGAACCUGGGGACAAUGAGGAAAAGACUGGAGUCUCUUAUUUCAGAAAAUCACCACCUUAAUGACUUGCUUGGAGAAAAGAUAAAGGAGGUUAAAUGUUUGUCUUUUCAAGUUUCAAGCCACGCUGAGCAAAUGUCCCAACAUUCUCUUUUACAUGUGAAGUCAUUGAAUACGAUUGAAAAAAUUACAUGUGAAAUGCAGGAUGCACAAUUUGAAGCCUCAAUUUGUGAGGAUAUAGUCAAAUGCUUUUUAAGGGAGAUGAUAGACCAAAUCAGAUACACCACAGAGGAGUCAGCUUUGAGAUAUGAUAUCAUGCAAGGAAUUUAUAAAACCAUCCUCCAAGGAGCUUCUUUCAUAGGUGAGCUUCCUAGUUCAUCUGAAAAUGAACAUUUAGAUGAGGAAUCCGUCAUUAUGCAAGGUAUUCUGGGAGUGGUUUUACAAGAAUCCUUGAAAGAAGCUGAGGAGAAAAUGUCUAGCUUGAAUAGCAGAUAUAUGGAAGAGAUGAGAAUUCGACUGUCCCUUGAAAUGAAGGUGUUUCAUUGUGGUGAGGCAUUAGGAGUAGCGGCUUUUGAAAAAGAAAAGUUAGAAGCAGAAUUAUUAUCAAUGAGAUCAUCAUUAAAAGAAAAAGAACAACGUGUGCAAGAAAUAACUUUUGAAUUAGAAAAAGAGAAAGAGAAGGUGGCUUUAGCUUAUGAAGAGGUUGACUCUUUGAAGGAUCAGAUCAACAUGCAGGAAAUACUUAUUUUGAAAAGCCAAGAAGAGUCCAAUACUGCCAAUCUUAAAUUGACAGAGGCCAUGCAGAAAGUUGAGUUACUUGAGGUGGAAACUUGCGAGUCAAAACAGAACCUUGAACAAGCAAUGGCAGAAUUAAGCAAGGUUGAUGAAGAGAGGAGGAUGCUUGCUGCCAUGGUGUCAGAAAAUAAGGAGACUAUGUUAUUGGUCGAGGAGAAAGAAAAGGAAUCUAGAAAGCAGAUAGAAUCAGUGAUUUUUGUUGUCCAGGAUCUAUUGAAAGAGGUUUUUGAUUUUGAACAUAGAGUUGUUGACUAUAUUUCAAGGAAUAAUGAAAGGUUGGAGAGUUUGAGUUCUGAGACAAAGUCACUUGUCCAGAAUGCCUCUAUGUUGAAAAGAGCCAGUUUGCUUUUCAAGCAGAGGUUUGAAAAGAGGUGUUCUGACCUUCAAAAGGCUGAAGCUGAGGUCGAUCUUUUGGGGGAUGAAGUUGAUGCGCUUUUAAGACUUCUUGAAAAGAUGUACAAUGCUCUUGAUAGUUAUUCACCAAUAUUGAAACAUUAUCCAGGAAUCGUUAAGGUCUUGAAGCUUUUAAAAAGAGAACUGAGCAGAGAUACGACUGAAGCUUUUUGACAUGCUUUGAUGAGGGUAAAGGCCGUGAGUUCCCUGCCGCUGCAUGUUUUGCAAUGACUGGAUUUCUGGAAAGGCAUUAUUUCUAAGCUAUACAUUCCCUCCAAAAAGGGGAAAACGACUGUAAGUAGAUAGUUAACUAGCCGUGUGGAGGCAGGAAACGCAUGUCCUCAAAACUUCAGUUACCAGUCCUAAUCUCACCGGACGUUAAUCUGAGAAAUCUAUUGGCAGAAUUGGAUUAACACAACAGCAAUACAGAUUGGAGAACAGGAUUUGUGGGUAUAAUUCUUUUUGUCUCAGGGCUUGUAGGCUUCUCGUCCAGUUUAACCCUUAGGGUUCUUUUUGUUAUAUGUUUAUUGUUUCUCAUAGGUUUCUUUUCUCUCUACCAUUUGUUGUAAAGGUUCUUUCAUCCACUAAAUCAAAUGAAGGAUAGUCUAUUUACAUAGAAAAUUCACGUUCUUUUCUCUAUAUAUGGCUACGAUUGGCAGUGAUCAAAUUUCACGAA